AUGCGCCAGCAGGGAGUCGGGCGCCGGCGGGGCCGCAGGCCGCUGGGGGAUCCCGCGAGGGGCGGCGGGGGCGGCGGGCUGGGGUCGGGCGGGGAAGGGGACGCGGAGCCGGUGGACACAUGGCAGAAGGGCCUGCUGGUGGGCAUCGCCGCGUCCUACGUCACGCUGGUCGUGCUGCUGCCCUUCGCCAACGUCUUCCUAUCGGCUUUCGCGAAGGGCGUGGGCCCCUUCGUGGAGAACGUGCUUGACCCAGACUUCCUGCACGCCAUGAAGAUGACCCUCAUCUUGGCGGCAAUCUGCGUCCCUCUCAACACACUCUUUGGCGUCGUGGCCGCCGUCAAGAUCGCGCGUAACGACUUCUUUGGCAAGUCCUUCCUGAUCAGCCUGCUGGACCUGCCGUUCAGCAUCUCCCCCGUGGUGGUGGGCCUGAUGCUGGUGCUGUUGUACGGCCGCGAGGGGCUCUUCGCGCCCAUCUUGCGUGAGUAUGGCUUCACGGUGGUGUUUGCCUUCCCGGGGAUGGUCCUGGCCACGUUGUUUGUGACGCUGCCCUUCGUGGCAAGGGAACUUAUCCCCCUGCUGGAGGGGCUGGACCCCGCGGAGGAAGAGGCUGCAAGGACGCUGGGGGCCAACGACUUGGAGGUGUUCUUUAACGUCACACUGCCCAACAUCAAGUGGGGGCUGCUGUAUGGUGUGAUCUUGACCAACGCCCGGGCUGUUGGCGAGUUUGGCGCGAUCUCAGUGAUCUCAGGGAACAUCAUCGGCCAGACGCAGACCCUGACGCUGUUUGUGGAGAGCGCCUACAAGGAGUACAACACGGAGGGGGCGUACGCAGCAUCAGUGUUGCUGUCCACCAUCGCCCUACUCACUUUGGUGCUGAAGGGGUGGCUGGAGAGGAUCGCCGCCAGGGAGCGGGGGGAGGCAUGA